AUAGUACAGUUGCUUCAGCACUGCCGAAUUAAUAAGGUGGUAUUUCCCGAAACUCUGAAAAAAUCACUGAGUCUGGCAAUAAGAGAGAAAGGAAAGAAACUCAAGAAUUAAGAGUCAUAUAUCUCAACCAUGGGGGAUGAUAAUGGAGUGUCAAUGCUUUCUCAAGCCCCAGCGUACGCCUCAGAAUGUUCCCACGAGUACGAUGGGGUACUCAUGCCCAAGAUAAUGCCAGCCAGGUGCAUCGAGUCGGUCAGGAACUUCAAAGUCAGAGAUGAUGAUCUCUUUCUCACAACCUACCCUAAAUCAGGUACUACAUGGGUGCAGCAGAUUGUUCUUCUCAUUCAUCAUGACGGGGACAAAUCUAAACUGGAAGGCAAGCAUAUCUUCAAAAUGGUCCCUUUCAUAGAAGCUGUGGAAGGAAUGAACAAAGACAAUGCCGAUACAGCACAAAUGCAGUCGGAAAUUGCAGACGAAAAGCCGUCCCCACGAAUCCUCAAGACUCAACUCCCACCACGCUGGCUCCCUCCGAGCAUCUAUGAUGGAUCUAAGGGCAAGGUCAUUUAUGUCGCAAGGAAUCCCAAAGACAUGAUGGUUUCGUACUUUCAUUUUUGUAAGAUGACCGAGAAUCUGCCUACCUACGAGUCUUGGGACGUCUUCUUUGAGGAGUUCAUGGCUGAUAGAGUACCAAGAGGUUCAUGGUUUGACAGCGUUCUUUACUGGUGGAAGCGGAAAGACGACCCAUUGGUGCUCUUCAUCAAAUUUGAAGAUAUGAAAAAGGAUUUAAAGGGAGCAGUCAAGCAGAUCAGUGAGUUCAUGGGAAAGUCUUUUUCUGAUGAAACCAUUGAGGGAAUCGUGGAGAGCAGUACCUUCGAUGCAAUGAAGAAGAAUAAAAACUCUAAUCCUGAUAGUUUGCCCCAGCUCCAGGCCAGUGCAAGUCAGAAGAAAACCUUCCUGAGGAAAGGAGUUGUUGGUGACUGGAUGAAUUUCUUCAGCGAUGAACAGAGUGCGCGCUUUGAUGCGGUCUACAAGGCUAAGAUGGCUGGAUCGGGAUUGGACUUUGUUUUCCAACAGGAAUAGACAGAUACCCGUAAUUGGACCUAUCGUGACCUCCUGAAUCUAGACGAAAGAUAUUACUCCUGGUGCUAAAUAUUCCCUUUGUGCUCAUUCUCUUUAUUAAAACUUGAUACUUGGUGCAGUUGGAAUAACAAGGUAUUUUAUAUUUUUAUAUUUACAGACGGUGAUAAUGAUCAUGAAUAGAAAAAUUAUAUGGCACAUUAUACAUACUUGACUUUAGACUAAGACUGAUGAUGAUCUCUUUAAAAUUUAGCAUAAUUAAUAGUUACCUGAUCAAUAUGUCUAUACAGAGUGAAUGAAAAUGAUUAAGUAACAAAAUAAAAUAUUGUCAUUACAUUAUAAAUAGGCUAUAUAUAAUGUAUGUAUGCUGUAUACAGGGACUUGUCUUUAUACUUUAAUAACUUCUCUGGUCACAUACAUGUAUGUACUGAUAGUAUGAUAUGAGGAUGUUAUAUCAUUGUGGAUGUGUUUUUUUUUAUUGGGAUCUUGAUAUCAGAUUGUAUAUUUCAUUGAUGCUAAAUUCAAAUUAUCUAGUGUCAUACCAAAGACUAACUAUUCACCUUUCCAACUAGGGUUUCUCUGUGCAUGUUCUAUUUAUUUAUUAAAAAAAAUAUGUAUAAAACACAAUCAUUUAAAAUUGUGAAUCGGUAAUCCAAGCUUACUUUCAGAAUUACAUGUAUGUUGUUUCAAAAGUUCAUGUCAAUCGCAUGCACAGGACUAGCAGUUUCCUGUAUUAUCUGUGAUUUCCUGAUGUUAUGUAAUAUUGUAUCACAGGGCUUUUCGUCUCUUAUAUGUCUAGAAUUACAACAAGGCAGUGAGUCAGGAUCAGUGAAAUCAUUGACAAUGGGUGGUAUUCUGAGAGCCAUGGUUUAGUAAAACCUGGGUUAACUUAGACCAAACUUUUACGGAGUGCCAGUUCUCAACUCAUUCACCAAGUAAAAAUUAUUCUUUUCCUGCGGCAAAAAUAAAUUGAUUGAGUCGUGAAAUGGGAAGUAUAGGAAAAUAAAAGAAAAUGUCAUGAAUGUUAAUGAAUUAGUUGGUUCUUUUAAUUGCCACAAAUAUUGCAAAAAAGUCUGACAUUCCAUAGAAGUGCAGCGAGUAAUUGUAGUUUUUAGAUUAGGGUUAACCCUAAGAAGACGGGGGGGGGGGGGGGGGCUGAUUCAUUCCCCCCCCCCUUGACAUGUUUUCGCGCAUUUUACUUUCAAGUCUCGCGCAACUUUUGAGACCAAAAUUGCGACCCCCGGGUACGCAGUUCUGAAAUUACGCAACAUUUUGUAAGUGCUUUACUGUACAUCUUUGUGUGAUUUUGAUAAAGAAAAAAAAUGAUCAUGUACUGUAAACUAUAUUUCACGCAUAAUGUUGAUACAAUAUACUUGUUUUUCACUGAUAUUUUAUAUAUAUGACUACUUGAAAAGGGUAUAUAUUAUUGGCCAAGGACACUUGUAUAUAUAUAUUAUAUAUUUCUGAACCAUAUAUACAUGUAUAUUAUUUCAACAUAGGUUCAUGGUAUUACUUUACUUGUUUACUUGAGGAAAAGGGUUCUUAGUUUAAUUUUGUUGUUUAAAAAAACAUGCUGUUAUGUUCUCUCCUUUUUAGAAGAAUCAAUUAUUUUAAAAAUAAAUAUUUUUCUUAACAAAUGUCUCAUUUCUAGGCUGAUUAUCGACUGUCCAACAAUAUUACUGUUAAAAUUUAUCUUGCCUACAGUUAUGUCAUGUAUUUUAAGUGAUAUGAUAACAUUUUAUUUGUUUGCAAAAAAAAUGUACAUACACACUGAAAAGUAAUUAUUGUGCAAUUUUAAUCAAAACAUCUUUAUUCAAAGUUGUUGAAAUGUGACAUUAUCACAGCCAAAGACUGAACUAUACAUAUGUAUUUUUUAGAUAUUGUUUUUCAAGUCACAACAAAAUAUUUUAAAAAAUCAAUUUUUUACUAUUUUAUAAUUUUACUUUGUGUCUAGAGGAAUAGAUCAAAUGUGUAAAUUCUUUUUACAUUGGGUAAUUUGUUUGUAAACUUCCUAAAAUGUUCUUUCAUGUUUGUCCUAGUUUAAAACUUGUGGACUGUUCAUUCAAAUUAAGUCAAUAUCAGUUUAAAUCAAAUGUAGUGCUCUUUCAGUCAUUAGAAUUUCAUUUUAUUUUUUCAAAAUAUGACUAUGUAUGACAUCUACCUUGCCCCCCCCCCCCAAAUCAUAGCCUUUUUGUACUUUUGUUGAAAAUGUAUUCUUUUUAGCUUUUUUUAGCUUUGCUCUGUAGAAGGUCACAUAAAACUGGCAAAUGACAAGUAUUUUAUGAAUGAUUAAAUCAGAAUUUCUUCUUUCAUUGAAA